AGAGACAACGGCUGCUGUUGUUGUUAUUGGUGAAUCUCAGGAUUGUACAAGACUACACAAGAACAAUGGAUGGAUCCAGUUCAAGCCCCAGAGGCAGUGAGGUGAGAAUCGGACACUCUCUGAAUAAGGAUGAGGAGGCGUUUGUAGCCAGAAGGAGAAAAACUGUUUUACAUUGCCUGCAGAGGCUUCAGAUAUACCGGGAUGAUGAGGCAAACUUUGUCGGAGGAGGACGAAGAGCCAUGCCUGGAGUGCCGAACAUUGCAUUGCUGGGUUCUGGAGGAGGACAAAGAGCCAUGGUGGGUUUGCUGGGAUCCCUGGUUGAGCUGGAUAAAGCAGGUCUUCUGGACUGUAUCCUUUAUCUGAGCGGAGUCUCUGGAUCCACCUGGUGCAUGGCCUCCUUAUACCAAGAACCAGACUGGUCCACCAAACUAGACACCGUGAAAGACAAAAUCAUCAAGAGACUCAAUGGCCCAGUCGUUAGCUUUACAGAAGCAUUUAAAAAAUUGAAGAAAUAUCACAAGAAAAACUUCUUCAGCUUGACUGACGUUUGGGCAGUGCUGGCUGUCACAGAAUAUGUGAAAGAGAUAAACGAACACACACUCACAGAAGAGUGGAACCAUCUCAGUAAAGACCCAUUUCCCAUCUACACACUGAUCGAUAAGCAAUGCAAACAGCAAGGAGAUGGAGACCCCUGGUUUGAGAUCAGUCCAUAUGAAGCAGGUUAUUCCCUCACUGGAGCAUUUGUGGACACCUGCAACUUUGGCAGCCAGUUUGACAAUGGCUCAAAGAAAAAUCAUCAGGAUGAAUUUGACAUGCUGUACCUGCAAGCACUGUGUGGCAGCGCCUUAGCAGAAAAAAAGGAGAUUCUAAAAUUCAUCUGGCAACAAAUAAAAGGUGCAACAGCAUUUGAAGUUUCAGUUCUGCCUAAAAAUGACAGUCAUUUCAUUAUGAUGUGA